UCUUCUCAACCAAACUCUUCACUCAUCAAAGCAUCACACAACACACUCAUACAUACACUUUCUCUUCUCUUCAUUUUCUUAGAUCCUUUAACUCAUUUUCUACUUAUUCAAAUGGCCACCGUCGAGGUUGAACAUGUGACUCCAGCACCAGCUGAGACCGUUGAGGUGCCAGCACCAGCUGAGACCGUUGAGGUGCCAGCACCAAAGACUGUGGAGCCGGAGGAAGCUGCCCCCGUCGCUAUUGUCACAGAAUCUGCUCCAGCUCCGGUAACAGAAUCCGAAGCACCUGUAGAAGUAACGACUAAAGACUUGGUAGUGGAAGAAACAGAGAAACCAGUCGAAGAGACAGAGGAGAAGAAAACAGAGGAAGCUCCAGUUGAAACUCCGGAGGUUGUGGAGAUCAAGAAAGAGGAAGAAGCUCCGGCGGUUGCGGAGAUCAAGAAAGAGGAAGAAGCACCGGUUGAGACUCCAGCGGUUGUGGAGGAAGAGAGCAAAACAGAGGAAGUUGUAGAGACGAAAAAAGAGGAAGAAGUAGAAGAAAAGAAGACAGAGGAAGCUCCAGCGGUUGUGGAGGAAGAGAAGAAGCCAGAAGCAGAGGAGGAGAAACCCACUGAAGUAGCUGCAGUGGAACCCGUCGUAGCAGCAGCUCCAGUGGAGAAGGCUGAUGUGUAAAAUUUGAAGUAAAGAAACUGUCUUUUGAAGAAGACGAAGAAAAAUGUUAGCAAGUAAACUAUUUGUUACUUUUUUAAGUACUCUGUGUCUUGUUUUGUUGUUGAGUCUCUGACUCUUCUUGCCUUUGUUUUCACUAUUCUCUUAUGUUACUUUCAAUGGUUAUCAUUUUGAAUAAGAUAUACAUUAUUUUUAUA